AUGAUCCCGGACCCUGAUCUUAAGUUUCUAGUUAGAACGACGCAAACUGCCAGAAAUGCGUUUGCUGCACAUAACUUCAACGUCACCCAAGAAGCUCCAGUGAAGAAGGAGGCGAUCCACCAAUCCGAUUUUCUGCAAUCCGAGACAGAAGACGUCGCUGACUGGGAUUUCUGGCUCACCCCCGAAGUUCUCAGUGGAGAAGGCCCGCCACCUUUUGGAUGA